AUGUCAUUUGAUUCUUCUUCGUCGGAGGAUUUAAAUUAUCCUACUUCUACCGACGAAUCCACGGGUAGUUCUUUGCAAUUUUUGCUUAAAGCACAUAAAUAUCUUCAAGACACCGCAAGUUCUAGUGCAUUCCGACCCCGUCAAAGUAGCCGGCGUGAUAUUGGUCUUCAAACUCUAAUGACCGAUUGGUUUGUUGAAGAACCAAUUGACGACGCUUAUUUUCGUCGCAAGUUUCGUAUGGAUAAAAGUAUGUUUUUAUCCAUAGUAGACGACAUUGAAGCUAACUUCCCAUAUUUUCAAGAAGGAUACGACGCUCGAGGCAAGAGAAGUUUCUUGGCUUUACAAAAGAUCACGUCGGCGGUAAGACAACUUGCAACAGGCAACGCACCCGAUGAGAAUGACGAGUACUUAUGCAUGUCCGCAAGAACUUCACGUGAAACUCUUGAUCAUUUUUGUGAUGCCAUCAUUAAGUUGUAUGGCCGAGAGUACCUACGCAGGCCGACUCAAUACGAUGUUGCACGCAUAUUCGAGGCCCAUGAGGCUAAGCACCACAUUCCCGGCAUGCUUGGUAGCAUCGAUUGUACCCACAUCGAAUGGAGGAAUUGUCCUAAAAGGUUGAGAGGGCAAUAUACGAGAGGUGACUAUGGUGUGCCUACUAUUAUGAUUGAGAUUACGGCGUCACAGGAUUUAGAUACUAGGACGGCUCCAAAUAGUUCAUUUUCUGUGAAUGGACGGGAUUACAAACGCGGCUACCAUCUUACCGAUGGAAUCUACAACAAGUGGCUGACCUUAGUUAAAGCGUACCCGUAUCCUACCGACCCAAAGGAAAAGAAAUUCAAGAGGUUACAAGAGGCAGCAAGAAAAGAUGUGGAGCGCGCUUUCAGUGUGCUCAAAAAAAAAUGGAAGAUUCUCAUUCGACCUCUCCGGCCUAUGACCAAACACAAAAUUGGUCAAUAUGUUUAUGCGCUAUGUAUUUUGCAUAACAUGAUCAUAAAGCGCGAUGGUAGGGCGAUAUCACCGGUUCAUAUCAUGGAUCCGCCGGUGGAAGCAGUUUAUAACGGUGAUGUAUACGAUGAGAUACAAGAUGAGGAUGUCCAUCACCGUCUUCGAUUCGACCUCACGGAGCAUGUCGCGGCUCAAAAUUUGCCAUAUCUUAAUGAGUAG